UGAGCCAGCGAGGAGUUGGUGAGGAGCGACGUCGUGCUUCGGAGGGCGAGGCUUCGAGCUCGCUGGGGCCGCCCAGAAGGAAGCCUCGUGGAUUCUUGGAGGCGGAGCUUACCGUUAUUUGUAUAGACAGUGCCAGUGCCUCCUCUCUGCUUUCGUCCUUCCUUGUCGCUCAGUCCUUAACAGCCAUGCAAAAGGUAGCUGUAGUCACCGGCGCCACCAGUGGAAUUGGAUCUGCACUGUGUGAUCGUCUGCUCCAGGAAGAUGCAAACAUCCAUAUUUGUUUAGCCUGCAGGAACAUGGAGAAAGGCAAUGCCACCCGUGACAAACUAUUAUCCUCCUUUCCCCAUGCAGACAUCAGCAUAAUUAAAAUAGACGUUGGUAGGCUGGAAUCUGUCUUCUGUGCAGCUGAAGAAAUAAAGAUGAGAUUUCACCAGUUGGAUUAUCUCUUCUUGAAUGCUGGGACCAUGGUAAAUCCACGUGUCAGUUUCUGGGCAUUUUUACGUGGCCUCUUCUCCAGUAGAGUAUUUCGAAUGCUGACCACAGCAGAGGGCCUGAUGAGCCAGCAGGACACAGUCACUCCAGAUGGCUUACAGGAAGUCUUUGCAACCAACUUCUUCGGACAUUUUGUAUUGAUCCAGCAGCUGGAGCCUCUGCUUUGCUGCCUUGAAAAACCUUCCCAGCUCAUCUGGACUUCUUCAGUCAGUGCCCAUAAGUCUAACUUUAGUCUUGAUGACUUCCAACACAAGCAGGGCAAAGAGGCCUACAGCUCCUCUAAAUAUUGCGCUGAUCUUGCAAGUGUGGCUUUAAACAACCAUUUUAACAAGCAGGGCUUAUUUUCAAGUGUCAUGUGUCCAGGUAUUGUGAUGACCAACAUGACGUAUAAAAUGAUGUCCCCUGUUUUCUGGAAGCUACUUUUUCCUUUCUUAUGGCUGUUACGCCUGUUCACCUCCACAUAUACUCUGACACCAUACAAUGGAGCAGAAGCACAGAUUUGGUUGUUCAAGCAGAAGCCAGAGUUGCUGGAUCCCCUGGUGAAAUACCACAGCUGUACCACCUUCUUUGGGAAGAAUUACACUGAGACCCGUAAGAUGGAUCUUAGUGAAGACAUGGCAGAGAAAUUCUACAAGAAGCUGUUGGAAUUAGAAAAGCAAGUUUUAGUGAGCAGCAGUUGCUCACAUAAAAAAUAGCAAGACUGUUGGUGGCAGGAAAACGUUUCGUCUACCUGGAAUGCUGUUUGUUAUUCUUGUUUGCCUUUGCAAACCAGAUUUCUCUAGUGGGCUGCUUUUGGGUGAUUGUGGGGCUAGAGCAUGAAAGAAAUCAAAGUCACCUUAUUAUCUUCUCCCCAAGAUAUUUUUAUAAUGUCUUUUUUUUUUCCAACACCCUAAUGGUGUUGUUUUUUAAUUCAGUGUAUGACACCCCUACCUGGGGCCCCAAACACAGUCCUGGAAUUUGAUUGUAUGAAAGAAGUCCAGACACCCCUGCCUGGGGACCCAAAACUGGGGGCGGGGGGGAAUGGUAGAAGGACUGGCCUGUCUGGAGCUUUUUAAAGCCUUGCCCCUUUUUUGGGCACAUGUAAAAAACAGUGCAGGGUUUUGAUCCCAUAGUUGAACUUGCCAACUUGACUUUUUAUUAACUCCCCCCUCCCUCCUUGAAUACCGCCACACCAUGGCAUCUUUUCUUUUCUUUUUUCAAAAGACUGUAUAGUCAAGGUAAUAGUGUUGAGCAUUUCUGUAGCUCUAGAUGUUCAUGUUAUUAUUUUUUCCUUAACAUUGUUAUUUUCUCUAACAAGAUAGUGUUUCUUUCAAAGUAAUGCACUUUGGCCAUCUGAAUGGAGUGACCAUCAGGCCAACCAGCCAGAGUUUUCAGUGGUUUAGCUGCACCAGCAUCUGACCAGAACACAGUACUGGACCUGCCGGUCCUCCAGCAAAGGCAAUAAGUCAUUCUGUCUGCCCUGCAAUGGCAGAGCCAGGUCUCUCACCACAGACCUCAAGAUCCAGAGGGAGCACCAACUUUAGUUUUUUUUUAAUUAUUAUUAUUUAUUUCUAUCAUGAAAAAAGCUAAGAAUAUUUACUGAGACUGUUACUGCAAUGAGCCUCUUUGUCUUUUUGUUGGCAAACCUCUUUCAACCUCUCAGUAUGCCCCACUGAUUACAAAUGGACCUUACCUCUCAAUAACUGUGCCUGUGGUUAACAUUGCAAAUAAACUUUUGGACUAAGUUGUAUCUC